AUGAAAAUUCAUUUAUUUUUACUAUAUGAUUUUUAUUUUUUGAUCACAAUAGUAGUAUAUAUGUACUUCUGUUGCAUUGAUCCAUAUUAUAACUCAAAGAAAUAUAAAAUCAAACUAAUGAGACAUACAGAAAUACAAUUAUUAAGAAAUUUAGCGGAAUCAUAUGAUUUUAAAGAUGAGGAUAUUAUAAAUUCUUCAGGUCUAUCAAUGAAAGAUGUACAAUUAUUAUAUAAUACAAAAGAAGCAAAAUAUGAAAACACAUUGGCUGAAGGCUAUUUUGGAGAUUCAAGAAAUUUAUUCGUAAACAUAAUAGAUACAAUAUUUUUAAAAAAUUAUUACAAAUGCUUAGAAAAAGAGAAAAAGCAUAUUAGAUCUAUACAUAACACGUUAGAGACUACCAAUUUCGAAGUGUUAAAUUUUUUAAAAAGUUCAGUUCAUGAUGCAGAAGAUCAUAUAAAUACGGUAUUUCAGAGACUUAUCUCUUCUGAUAAAUCUCAAUUGCUGAGAUUUAAUGAUAUAGAAAUCACCUUAAGGAAAAACGGAGAGAACAUUGAUAUAUUAAUUAAUGAACAAGAUGCACACGAAUACUUAGAACAGCUAAAAUUUAGUGGAGAGAUUCCUUUAAGGUUAGAAAAUUCCUUUAACUAUUUUAACAAAUUGAAUGAAAAGAAUGAUUUAUUUAUUUCUAAACAUAGUAAUGGUAUUUUUAGUUACUUAUUUUAUACUACUGAUUAUUUUAAUUUACGUAAAAAUAUGUUUCCUCUUAAAUAUAUUAAUGGAGAUGAUUCUGAUAUCAUUGAUUACUAUAGAAAUGAAAUGAAAUAUAUUUUUAAAAUAUUUAUUAAUUCCAUAUUUUUACUUAAUAAAAAAAGAUCUACAACAAUUAUUUCUAUAAAAGAAAACGUUAAUGAAUUUAAUGAAUUAUUUUAUAAUAUAAAUAAAGCAUUAGAUCGUACAAUAGAGGAUAAAACACAUAAAUUAUUUAUGGUAUUAAAUAAAAUUUUAAAUGGAGACAUAAAAUGUAUAAUAUCAUUUAUUUCACAUAUUCUUGAAAUGAAUCUUUCGAUAAAUAAGUUUAAACUGGAUAAAAUUAAAGAAAAAUAUAAUAAGAAGUUAUUUCAACAUAAGAUUUUAAAUGAAAUAUAUGAUUUAUUUUUACACGAAAAGGAAGAGAUAAAAGAAUCCUUAGAUGAAUUUAAAACCUACAUAAAAGAUAUUUUUGGUUUCGAUGUGAAUAGUACGGGUAUUAGAUAAAUGGUAAGCAAGCUUUAUGGAUCAUUCGAUAUAAAUAGUAUCGAAAAGAUAUUUAAAGUUAUUGUAUUCACAUUAUUAUGUAAGAAACAAAUUAAUGAGUAUGAAGAUUUUUUACAAUUACUUAAAAAUGAAUCAAUAAAUAGAAAGUUAUCUAAAAGAAAAUUUAUAGGUACCCACAGAAGAAUAAAUGAAAAAGUUUUAUUUGUUCCAGAAAAUAAAUCUGAAAAUUUAAUAUUAAAAUAUGCUGAAAUUUAUGAAAGAAAUAAUUUCAUUAAUAAUAUUAAGUGUUGUUUUAUGGAUUUACCUUCAGCACUAUUGGACCUGGAUGAAGGAAUACAUAAGUUUCUUAUCUUUAGAUUCUUAAUAUAUUCAUUAAAUAAUGAGUUGAAUAAAUCAGAAAAACAUUAUUUCAGUUCUAAAAAAAAAAAAUUAUUGAACAAAAAUGUUAUAUUAUAUUUUCUCUAUGACAUUAUGAACUUUGAUAGUAGUUAUGAAAAAAAAUAUAAAUAUAAAUAUAAAUAUACAUAUAUUUAUAGAUUUAUGUUGAAUAAAAUUGUGUUUUAA